AUGGCGACAUUCCACGACCGAGCAACUUCUGCGACUCCCACGCAAUACCGUGUUUUUGGCGAUAGCAAGCGCUCUUCAUCCAGUGCCGAUGACGAAUCUGCUGACGGGAGCUGGCACGAUGCCGUCUCUGCUACCGCUUCGCGACACGCCGGCCCUUCGUCGUCAGGCACCCAAGCCUCACUCAGCGCAAAGAGUGCCUCGUUAACCCCAUCCAACGUUACGCAGGGGAGCUUCAGUUCAGACCUUAGACAUUCAAGUAUAUCAAGGAAUGCGACCCCACGCCCUCCAGAAUCGGUUAGCCAUGUCCGGGGAAAUGGUGCAGGCGAUAGUGUUGAAGCUGCUACCACGGAGCAACGGCAGGCCAUCAUCCGUGAGCAGAUCGAGAAAGAAAUAAAGAUAAAGACUGGAACGGAAAACAUGCUAGAAGCUUUGCUAGCAAAAAAUAUGAAGCAGACAAAGGAGCAGCGCUUAAGGGUGGAGUCGGAGCUCAGCUCCUCUCAUCGGAAAAUAGCACAGCUUCAGAAUGAACUAGAGGAGGAAUUGAUGCGGGCUCAGAUGACGCCCAUAGAAGCCCCGGAGGCUAGGAGACUAUCUACCUUUUUCAAUGCAGGCUCGGGCCGGUCUCCGUCGAGAGCAACUACACAUGCAACUGGUGAAAGCUUUGAGGGCGAAGAUAGCGAGUCGGAAUCACCAACAGUGGUACUCUCUGAGACGCUGCAGGAACUAGAAGCCGAGGGCAUGUCACCAGAUUAUUAUGUCGAUCGAGCGAAUAACCUAGUCGAUUUGUUCAAACGAUACCCUACACUGAAAUAUGAUCUGGAAUGGUCGGUGUUUGGCCUUAGGGUGCAAGUUAUGUUGCUGAGUGAGAGCCGUGACGUUGUAGCGGCCGGUUACAGAUUAACACGACACGCAAUUGCAGACAGGAAGUCCAUCCAGGUGAUCAGAGCUCUUCAUACAGAUGAACUAGUAAUGCUCUCCCUUGUCAAAGAAUCUAAAGCCAGCAUGGAACGUGAACAGGCCCUUAAAUUCGUUCGCGCAUUCUUAGAUGUUAAAGAUGGCGUUCGGGAGCUCUCACGCUCAGUGGUACGGACGCUCGUAUCAAUUGCAGAGCAUCGAGACGACCGCCUGCGUAAUAUCUGCAUAAUGACAAUUGCAGAACUCCUCGUCAAAGAUCCGGCCCUGUUAUUCUCCGCUGGUGGUAUCGGUACCUUAAACGACGUGCUGGGUGAAGGUACAUUUGGCGCAUCUGAGAGCUUGGCUGCCGGCUUUGUUCAUGUCUUGGAUACCCCAAAAAGCAGGAAAUACCUUCGAGCAGGGUGUGAACUGAACUCUGUUUUCGCGAACUUCACCGAGACUGUUCCAGACAGUGAUCGGCAUCUAAAAUUGAAGUUCUCCGCAAAAGCUAUAUCCGCAAUGCUUAAAACAUGGCCUGGUAUACUAACACUUGCCCAAAACCCAGAGAGACCUCUCCAGUCAUUACUCCUUUCCCUGCAAUUCCCAGAUCCCCAGUCCAGGGAUCUCAUCCUAGAACUUUUGUUUGAUGCUCUCCGUAUCAAACCACCAUCAUGGUCAUCGUCAUUCCUUGCUGGGAGACGGCUCACAACAUAUGGUCGAGUAGCCAACAUGAAAUCUGAGCAAGAAAAGAAGCAUUCGCGCACCGUUUAUGAAGAUGAGGAUAACCCCUUUGACUUAACAGCGCACUUCUCUGGGCUCAUACUAGCGCUAUUGGUGGAGGCAGGAUUGAUCAAUGUGUUAUCUGAUUUGAUUGAAGAUGAAUCCGAUCUUGCUCUGAAGCGGAAAACAACUCUACUCCUGGUAGAGGUGCUAAGGCGUGCCCAACGCAGUUUACCCUCUUCUAUGUGUUCCAAUCUUCACCUUCUCCCCAGCCUUCUCCCAUCAUCAUCACUUAAGGCAAAAUCAGACAACCAACAUCUUUCGACAUCAACUAUAUACCAGAUGGAGAGCAUAAGCCGGACAAUGAUGCGGUCUGAUGAUAUUUCGGAUGUAAGUGGCAGGUAUUCCAUCAGCACCGAGAUACCGAACUCGCUGGCUCCAGGAGAGCAAAGUAAAUCCAAACUCAGUUCCACUAUGGAUGAAGCGCAGUUCCGUACUGCCAUCUUAGACACCAACGUUCUCAGUUCUGUGAACUUUAUGAAGUGGAAAUGGGACCUUAUCCUAAACAUCAUCGAAGGGCCUCUUACAAACCCGAAACGUUUGGACGAAGCCAUCAAAGGCUCCAAGUUCAUAAAACGACUAGUUGGUUUCUAUCGGCCAUUUAAAUAUCGAUUUUCAAUGGUCCGCAACACAAAGCCCAAUCGACGGUACAUCCGAACCGGUUGUGCCUUGAUGCGCUGUCUUGUGCAAAGCCCAGAAGGAUCGAAAUACCUAGCUCAGAACAAACUUCUACGUCAGAUAGCGGAGUGCUUGGCUCAGGUCGACCGAAUGAGUGGACUCACUUCUUUGUCACCAUUGUUUUCCCGAGAGCAGAUGGCUGAUACUCUUAGUGGCGGAUACUUUGCCCUACUGGGAACUCUAAGUAGUGAACCUAACGGCAUACAGAUGAUGGAAAGAUGGCAUAUGCUUAACAUGUUUUAUCACAUAGUUGAAUUAGCGGACCGGAAUGACCUUAUCCAAACACUUCUCGGAAACAUGGACUUCACACAUGAAAGCCAUUUACGAGUAAUUCUGUCAAAAGCUCUCACAACAGGGUCAAAGGAUAUCCGCAUCUUCUCUACAAAGCUGCUACGGAAAUAUGUCAUUGGCAAGGUGUUGCAAGGAUCACCCGUUGAGUGGGUAAUUGAACUUCUGGUGACGCAGCUAUAUGAUCCGGAUGUCACUGUCUGUCAGGUUGCCGUCAAAAUCCUGGAAGAGGCGUGUAACCAGAGGGAUUACCUCGAGUAUGUUGUCAAAUGCCGUCCAUCAUUAGAUCAUCUAGGUGAAAUCGGCGCGCCAUUGCUACUCCGUUUCCUAUCUACAUCGGUUGGCUAUCACUAUCUUGAUGGCCUCGACUAUAUUACCCAGGAGAUGGACGACUGGUUUCUAGGAAGAAACGAUGCAUAUGUCGGGCUUGUGGAGGCCUCGCUGUCUCGCGCAUACAUUGACCAACCACGUCGAAACAGCUUAGCGCUAAACGAUAUAGUCGAGAUGCAGGACAUUGGCCUUGUCCCACCACACUUUUACCGAGAACUUGCGCGUACAGCAGAAGGGUGCAAACUUCUAGAGCAGUCCGGUCAUUUCUAUGAAUUUGCUUCAACAUUACGAGAUUUCCAAUUGGAUGAGGAAGAUGCGGAGGUUUUGCUAAAAGUAAAAGGGGCACUCUGGGCCAUUGGUAAUGUAGGGUCGAUGGAACUCAGUGCACCGUUUUUAGAGGAUACGGAUAUUGUGGAAAGGAUUGUGGAAAUAGCGGAAAAUGCAGCCGUUAUGACCAUGCGUGGAACCGCAUUCUUUGUCUUGGGGCUGGUAUCCAGGAGUCAACAUGGUCUCGAAAUGCUCAUUGAGGCAGGGUGGGAUGCAGCUGUCGACCAAAGAGGGCGCUCGUUAGGGUCGUGCAUGCCAUUGAAUCUAAGCAAGCUGUAUUCGGUUAAAUUUGAACCUUACCACGCGCGUACCGAAGAAGACAGGGCAGCUAGAAACAGGUACAAAGUUGCCUCCAAAGACCUCGAUCCACUCAAGCAAAAGAUACUUGGCCUUAUCAUCGAUAUGGGGAAUACCGUACUUGCUAAAAAGGCGGCAGCAGAUCUACAAGUCUUUAAACUGAACCGCCCCGACUGCUUUCGGCGUAUCGAUAUUUUCGAGAAGACUCUUGUUAUUCUAGAAAGCCAUCACUUCCGGCUAUCUGCCCGACGUUUUGCCUUGGAGUUGUUCGACAAAAGCGUGAUCAGGCGAAUCAUCUUCGGGGAUGACUCCGGCUCCGAUUCUGAAAUGUCGGAGUAG